AUGGCUAUACAAAAAAAGCAUGGCAAAGGUCGCCUGGACAAAUGGUACAGGCUUGCUAAGGAGAAAGGCUACCGAGCACGUGCUGCUUUCAAGCUGAUCCAAUUGAACAAGAAAUAUGGCUUCUUGGAGAAGAGCAAAGUGCUACUGGAUCUCUGCGCUGCACCAGGAUCAUGGUCGCAAGUUGCAGCAGAGGUAAUGCCUAUGGGCAGUCUCAUUGUCGGUGUCGACUUGUCUCCCAUCAAACCCAUCCCUCGAGUUAUCACAUUUCAAAGCGAUAUCACGACCGACAAGUGCAGAGCCACGAUUCGACAACACUUCAAGACAUGGAAAGCCGACACUGUUCUUCACGAUGGCGCGCCAAACGUUGGUACCGCAUGGGCUCAAGAUUCGUUCAACCAGGCCGAGCUGGCCUUACAGUCUCUGAAGCUGGCGACCGAAUUUCUGGCGGAAGGUGGAACAUUUGUCACCAAAGUCUUCCGAUCCAAGGAUUACAACUCCCUGCUUUGGGUGUUCAACCAGCUCUUCAACAAAGUCGAGGCCACUAAACCUCCUUCGUCUCGCAAUGUCUCUGCGGAAAUUUUCGUUGUAUGCAGGGGCUUCAAGGCACCCAAGAAGAUCGACCCCCGUUUCCUUGAUCCGAAGAACGUAUUCGCCGAGCUGCAAGGAGCGACGCCAAACAACGAAGCCAAAGUAUUCAACCCCGAGGUGAAGAAACGUAAGCGAGAUGGUUACGAGGAGGGUGAUUAUACUCUAUACAAGGAAAUCACUGCGAGCGAGUUCAUCCAAACUACUGACCCUAUCUCCAUCCUCGGCUCAUACAACAAGCUCACCUUCAAGCAACCACCCAACGGCGACGUGGCUUUGGCGGCACUCGACCAACUACCGGAGACCACGGACGAGAUUCGGCGUUGCUGUGAUGACCUCAAGGUGCUCGGAAGAAGAGACUUCAAGCUGUUGCUCAAGUGGCGCUUGAAAGUCAGAGACAUCUUUGGCUUCCGGGAGAAGAAAGAGGACAUCAAAGAGGACGCGGAUGCCAAAGGUGAAACCGCGGAGGAGGUUGCUGAAAUCGAAUCCAUGGAUGAGGAGCUGCAAACGCAGGCGGAGCUGCAGGCUAUGAAGGAUCGAGAGAACGCGAGGAAGAAGCGCGAAAAAAGACGCGAGAACGAAAAGAAACAGCGGGAAAUCGUCCGUAUGCAACUGAACAUGGUUGCUCCUAUGGAUAUCGGCAUGGAAGAAGCUGGUCCCCAAGGCGAGGGCUCCAUGUUCUCCCUCAAGAAAAUCGACAAGACAGAAAACGGCAUCAAACGCCUCGCGCGCGGUCGCAUGUCUGUGCUGCCCAACAACGAGCAGCCAAAAGAUAGCGGCGUCGGCACGUCGCAAGAAUCCGACGACAGCGACGACGACUCUGUGGCAGACCGAUUGGAAGGCGAGCUGGAUAGCAUGUACAGCCAAUAUCAAGAACGAAAGGCGGAGUUGGAUGCCAAAUACCGGGCCAAGAAAGCCAGGAAGGAGCAUGAGGACGACGAGUGGGAGGGUGUAUCCGGCGGUGAGGAUGCUGAACAGAGCGACUCCAGCGAUUUGGAGGAGGAAGACGAUUCGGAUGAUGAAUCAGAGGAUGAUGUUGCCGGCAAGGGCUUGGUGAGGGAUCUCGACGACGCACCGGCAACGGACGGUGGCCUGUCGAGGAAAGCCGCUGCUUUCUUUGAUCAGGACAUUUUCAAGGGAGUUGCGCUGCCAACAAGCACUGCCAAGACCACCGUCAAGAGCAAGCCCGCCACAUUGGCUAGUCGCGAAGCCAGACCAGACGUUGACAUGGGCUCGGACGACGGCAAGGAUGCGAAUGAGACCUCGCGCUCAUUCGAGGUCGUCAAGCGGGAGCGGAAUGCCGAUGACGAAGAGUGGGAGAACCGCGAAGACAAACGACCAGAUGGUCGACCUGACAUUGAUAUUAUCACGGCUGAAGCUAUGACACUCGCACAUCAGCUUGCGACUGGUCAGAAAACAUCUUACGACCUUGUCGACGAUGGGUUCAACAAGCAUGCCUUCAGGGACCGCGAUGGUCUACCAGACUGGUUUUUGGACGACGAAGGCAAACAUGACAAGCUUCAAAAGCCAAUCACCAAGGCCGCUGCCAAGGCUAUACAAGAGAAGAUGCGAGCCUACAAUGCACGGCCGAUCAAGAAGGUUCGCGAAGCUAAGGCGCGCAAGAAGAUCAAGGCCGCCCAGAAGUUCGAGAAACUGAAGAAGAAGUCUGACAUGCUUGCGGCGGAUGAAGGAAUGACAGAAAAGGAGAAGGCAGACAGUAUCUCCAGGCUGUUGAGCAAAGCAUCGAAAAAGAAGGCCCCAACGCCGGCCAAACUUGUCGUGGCUAGGGGCGUGCAUCGUGGUGUCAAGGGCCGACCGCAAGGUGUCAAGGGGCGUUACCGCAUUGUUGACCCGAGGAUGAAGAAGGAGUUGAGGGCACAGAAGAGGAUUGCUUCGAAGAAGAAGCGUUGA